UCAUGUACGGUCUGUAUUUCAUUCAAAAUAGUUUCAUGUAGUAGAGGUUAUGGAAGCCCAUUUCUUCCCCUUCUAUAGCUCUGCAGCUGUUAAAGACUAAAGCACAUUCAAGGCAGCUAGAGGAACUUGGACUGCAUCUCCGAUGACUUGAGAGUAAAAACCCAAAGUGGAGCUGAACUACAGACCAGAGAUGGUCCGUUUUAAGGGGACUCUGCUGUCCUGUCUAGUUGUCGUGCUCAUCCUGCUUUCAGAAACUGGUGAAUCCAACUGUGAGUCGGCUUCUUCACCAUCGUCAUCAUCAGAGGGUAGCACAGGUGGAGAAACCAAACCAACACCUUUGGACAACCGGCAACCAAGAGUUUCCUUCAGCAACACCCCACUCGCUUCCAUCAGCAGAAAACAAAAAACGCACUAGGUACUUCCUCUACUUCCUCUAAGUUUGACAUUACCAUCUGUGAGGGAAAACUUGGCCAGUUCCGAUGUCCGAUUGGAGAGAGGAUCCGGAUAGAAUCAGCUUUCUAUGGUCGUCAGAAUGUUUAUGAAUGCCUGACCCUCAACAUGUACAGGAAAAAAACAAAUACCAACUGCAAGCGUGACGUCACUCCGAUCUUGAGGGAUAUGUGUAACAACAGGGCACUGUGCUACAUCUAUGUAGACAAUGAAGAGAUGGGAGGAGACCCGUGUCCAAACACCUACAAAUACAUGCACUUCACCGCCAGCUGCGUUUAACAGAACCAGAAGCUGCCUCUUCACAUUACAAGAAUCAACAUCAGCCGUCAUCAUUGUCAUCAGGACGUCAGGAAGGCAGCUGAGAGUUCUGAUUGGUGCAUUUGUAUAUGCCGCUGAUAGCCAUUCCAGCACUUAGAAACUACUUCAUAAACACAGCUGUAUAAGUGUUCUUGAUUGUUACAGCGUCACCUUGAGGUAUUUUACCUUUUCAUCUGGAGUUUGUUUUCAUUUUCAACUGUCUAUAUAUUUUUGUACUUUGGUCUUCUUCUUGGUGUAUGUUUGAGUAUAUAAAGGGUUAGAGGGGUAAAUCCGCUGGUAGGGGUUGCUGCUGCUAAUAGCAUCAUACAUUUUACAUAAUUUGCUCCUGCUACCUGCCGUGACUCAAGGUCCAAUUCACAAAGCAUGUUGCUUUAAUGAAAUUCAAGUGAAAAAACUUCCAUAACGUUCUGCAGCUCUGUGCAGUUUGCUCUUGUUUUGCAUCUGAUUAUGGAGAUGAGCCAUUAGCAUCUCUACACUCUCUCUACACUCUCUCUACACUCUCUCAUUCCAAUGGAGUUUCAUGCAUGUGCUAAAGUUUGCCUGUAUAUGGCGGAGUUGAGCUUCUGACAGCCUCAGACUGGUUCAACCCCUGAUUAUAAUAAUAAUAACUUCAAAGCUUUAUUUACUGACCCUGUGUAUAGAUAUUUUGUUUUUAGGACAGAGUUGGAAUAGUUGUCAUGAUGGUUUAAAAGUUUGAGUGUGAUAACUUGAGUGUGAAUACUGCAUAAAGUUCCUGCGGGGUUUCAGCAGACCGUAAAAAUGACACUCUUCCUGUGCGUGCCUGUUAGUGCUGAUGUUGGCAAAGUGGAAGCAAGGUUCAGAGGUUAGGCAAUUGUAUCCUAAAUUAAUGUAUAAGGCACAUUUGAAUGCGUGCAAACAGCACUGGCAGCUUGUUGGCAGCAUUUUACCCUUUGUGAACCAGACGUUGUCUUUUAUUACAGCCAAAUUCCACCAGAUCCAUGUCCACUCCAUGUCCAAUCCGUCACGACACUGGAUCUGAUUUUUUAUUCUAGUCAAUGUGUUAACUCCCACUGGAUCCACUCCAUUGUAUUCUGGCUGUGCCUAUGAUCCAGGAGGUCGGAGCCCUCUGGAUCAGAUACAUAAGACCUCUAUUUUAAUAAGCACAGAGCAGAUGGAGCGGGACAGGAAGUCAGGCACCAAAACAACAUGUAAACAUCCGGUUAAUUUUCAGAAUGAAACCGUGUUAUCAUCAGAUCGUACUUCGUUUAACUACAACAAUAAACUGUCAUGAUCAGCAGAGACAGGCCUGGAGUCAACAGGUCAGAGGUCUUCAGAGGCCCAUAAAGACAACAUGGAUGGGGAAAGGAGGAGGAUAAUCGUUGAUUCAGUAAUUACCGUGGGAAAACCUUGGUCUCAUUACUCCCGCUGUCUGAAGGUCAUGCCCCAUGCUGCAUUCUGAAAAAGGCAGCCAGUGGGUGUUGACGGACGAGAGAGCAUGGAGCCGGACCACAAUGGAUCGGAGACGGACCAGACACGGAUCUGGUGGAAGUCCUACGUUGGACUUAGCGGAUCGGAUCCAAUCAGGCCUAAAAGUUUUAUCUUCUAUGUUUGUCUCUGGAUCUUAUGGAGCCCCUGAAGUCCCAGAGAUUAAAAUGUUGGGUGUAUGUAUGCUGAUAUGCUGAAAAUAAGCAUACAUACACCCAACCAUACCACGUAACUAAUCAGUUCGUAGAAAGGUGUGAUAGUGGUUCUCUUUACAGGCUGCCAACUGCAAUCAAAUGUAGGGAAGACGAAGAAUAAGCAGCAGUAGCUAGCUAGCUAGUUGUAGCCACCCUCUGAGAGAUGGUCAGACUUUUUAAACUGAUGUUCAAAGACUUAUUGUGAAUCCAAAAACAACGUCAGAGCCUGUGCCUGGUUUUACGUUCUAUCUGUUCUUCUAACUGUCUUCACUCAGUUUUGUAACUCACUGUAAGUAAUGUAUAUUUCAUUUCAAAAUAAAAGCAUAUUUUUACAGAACAGGAAAUAAUGUAGCUUAAACACAAGGUGGUAAAAAUUAAAAAAAAAAAAAACAGCAUCAAAAACAACCGUUUAUGAGGCAAUCUCUUCUCUAAAGGUUAAAACAAUCCGACUUACUUUGACUUGCCCGGUGAAAAUGUGAUACUGUGACACACAAUAUAAUUUCAUGUUGGAAUAAGCUUUUAUCUUGUGCGCACUUUGUGAUUAUGUUGUACCCAAAGAUAAAGCCUCUCACUUGUUUGAAUUGGGGGUCUGUGUAGUGUCCGCUCUGUUACUGAUGAGAUCUUUCAUCAGCUUCUUUUUUCUUUGAGCUUUAAACAUUAGGAGAUCACUGAUUUUUUUAUUGGCUGGUUGAUUUCUCAGUCUGCUGACGAGCAUGGAAACACAAACCAACAAAAAUGGACAUGAGGAACACAUCGCAGAAGGACUCCACCUGAAGCUGAAGGACCUGAAAGCCAUAGCCAGAGAUCUGAAAAACCAGUACCUCUCCAGAGCAUACAUCCCAGCCUACCCUCGGCCUGAGUUUCAUGUGUCUCGUCUAAAACAUGACACAGACCAAGCUGGUGUAUGGGGCAUCAGUAAGAAGAAAGGCUUCAUGAACCCCGGGGCCUGCCCAUUGCUGUGGUGGAGUCUGUUCGUGGGUCCAGAGGAGAUCGAGUCAGCCGAAAGGAGGCUCCUGGAGACCACGUACCCAGAUCGUACUGAGGAGCAGAUCCAGACCCAGCAGAGCUUUCUGAGGGACUUUGCCUCCUCCCCGGCCUUCAAGAGGAGCUCCAGGGUGGGCUCGUACCGCUUCACUUUCCCCCUGGAGGAGGUGCUGACGGCCUACAAAGACCAGUUCUGCUCCGGAGCCGAGCCAGUCAUGCGAGCACUGAGGACCGUCCUCUACAAACAGGAAGUGAUGUAUGUGGUGCUGGUCCACAGUCCAGCCAAUCAGGAGCUGUACUCAAAAUAUCCACUGCUGACUGACGUCCAAAACUACGUCUGCAGCUACAAAGACGGCUGCUUCCUUUGGAGGUCUGAAGCCAUGUGUGAGACUCACAGGUAUGAAUUAGUCCGCAGACAUGAUGAAAAGCAGCUGGAAGUGAAAACAGCCACACAUCAAAGCUUCUAUGUUUGGGAUCAUGUUGCUGUGGUCCUGCAUGUGGAUGAGCAGGUGCUGAACUUUGACGUGAACCGACUGAGAGAGAAGCUGACACUCUGUAAGGAAGGAGACCUCAGAAUCAAACCGUCGCUUCGUUUUGAUGACAUGUCAAAAGCAGAGAAGUUUGUGAAAAGAUUGUGGCCUGACUAUCUGUCACCACUAGAGAGAGCUGAAGAGCAAUGUUAACCAAAGAUUGACUUCUAUACUGAGUCCUGAGCAUUAAGAGUAAUUGCACUGUGGAACACUUUUUAAAAGACCUGUACAGAAAAUAUACCGUAGAGGAUUAGGGCCAUUGAAAAAAAAAAUGUUUUGGAGGGCUGAUGGGCAAAAAAGAAAAAGGUUUUAAGAUGUAAUUAUUUUUUAUUCAGAGAGAAACAGUCAGAAUUUAGAAUUCUGACUUCAAUCUUAGAAUUUAAAAACCAUAUACACUUUUUUUAAUGGCCCUAAUCCUCUUCCAAUCAAUAUAAGAAAAUCAGAAAAAUAUGACUAAAUUAUUACAAGUAUAACAAAUAUUUUGAUAUAUAUAUUCUGGCACUAGAUGAUUAUUCCUCUCUAUUAUUUAUUUAUUUAUUUAUUUUGCCCAUGAAAUGUCUCUCAGGAAAUGUAAGAUUUUAAUCUUGUGGUGUAAAAUUCCUCAGCUUGAUAAGACUGGAGAAAUACAGGCUUUUUGUGAUGAAUGUGAUUAAUAAUCAUGAGAUGUUUUAAUUUUUUUUUGUUAGUUUGUCUUCAUUUUACUUCUUGAUGUAUACUAUUUUUCUCUUUAUGUGAAUUACCUGAGCUGUCAGUGCCUUGCUACAGUUGUUGAGGUUAACUUGUUUUAAAUGUCAUUGUGUUAAUACAUAUAAAACAAGCUAUGUUGGAAAUAUGUUUGGUUUUGCUAUUUUAAUGCUAACAUUGUUGUGUACAGUUUUUUUUUUAAAUGUAUCAAUAUUAGGCAAAGCUUCAAUAAACCACUGAAGUACAAGUAA